CCUGAUUCGGCAGGCUACGAUGGCGGUGACUGCUGCGAGUGCACAUGCGAGGCCCCACCUGCGGACGAUGACUGGGACGACGACUGGGAUGACGACUGGUACGGCGCCUGCGGCGACGGCUUCGCCUGCAUCGACCCGAGCGCCCCUUGCGUCAACGAUGACGACAUCACUGUCGAUGUCGACGAGAGCUGCGACGCUGUCGGUAUGGGCGACGGCUACUGUGACAUGGACAACAACAACGCAGCCUGCGCUUACGAUGGCGGCGACUGCUGCGAGUGCACCUGCGAGGACACGCCAAACAACAAGUGCGGUAGGUGGAGCGGCUUCGCCUGCAUCGACCCUGAAGCACCCUGCGUCGAUGACGAUUCAUUCACCGUGGAUAUGAUCGACAACUGCGACUACCCAGGGGGAAUCGGGGAUGGCUGGUGUGAUGAAGACAACAACAACGAGCUAUGCGCGUACGAUGGCGGCGACUGCUGCGAAUGCACUUGCGAGGGCAGCGAGGACGACGACUGGCACUGCCGCAACUUCGCCUGCGUCGACCCGAACGCUCCCUGUGUGGACGAUGACAGCGUCACCAUAGACAUGAUCGAAAACUGCAGCUGGUCGACAGGCAUCGGCGACGGAUACUGCAGCGAAAAUCUCAACACGCCGGAAUGCGCCUACGACGGGGGCGACUGCUGUUCUUGCACUUGUGAGAGUCCUUACGACGACGACUGGGGUUGCAUGUGGUUCGCUUGCAUCGACCCAGAGGCAGCCUGUGUUGACGACGAUGACAUCACCGUCGACAUGUUCGAGAACUGCGAAUACCCGGUGGACAUCGGAAACGGCUGGUGCGACGAAGCAAACAACAUCGAGGCGUGCGGCUACGAUGGAGGCGACUGCUGCGAGUGCACGUGCGAGUAUGAAUCUCCUUAUGAUUGGGAUGAUGAUUGGGACUACCACUGCAUGGAGUUUGCUUGCAUCGACCCCAGCGCGCCCUGUGUAGACGAUGACGACAUUACCGUCGACAUGGUCGAGAACUGUGGCUACGUCUCCGGGAUAGGCAACGGCUGGUGCGAUAGAAACAACAACAAGGAGGAAUGCGGCUACGACGGCGGCGACUGCUGCUCUUGCACAUGCGAGAGCCCGUAUGAUGACGACUACUCCUGCAGCAGCGAGUACGGCUCCUUCGACUGCAAAGACCCGAACGCCUCCUGCUUCGGCGAAGAACCUACUGGGAGCGAUGACUUCAGCACCGACGACCAGCCAAUGUCGUACGAAUUCGUCCCCUGGGAAGAGACAGAGGCCCUGCCGACGGUCGACGGUGCUGUUGAGGUGGGCACCAAGACCGAAGUCGGCGUAUCAUCUACCGCCCACGACGUGCGGCCCGGCAUGAGCAGCGGCGACGCUGGGUGCGGAGAGGUCGGCGGCCUUGGCUGCACGGCGACCAACACCCGUGACGGAAUUUUCUCCGAGAUCGAGUCGAGGUGGUCGUGCGCCACGAAGCUCGUGGAUGACGAAGGGCCGUGCCAGAUCGAGUUCACCUUUGCCGAACCCCAGACCAUUAUGGACAUUCAGGUUGCCUUCUGGAAGGGCAACGAGCGCACCCGUACCCUAGAGGUCCACAUCAACGGCGAGAUGACCCACACUCACGAGUCCUACGCCGAUGCCACCUUCAACACGCUCGGUGUGACGGCUACUGACGUCAGUACUGUGAUGCUCGAGUCCGUCGCUCUCCUCUCAGACGAAUGGAUCAGUCUCAUCGAGGUGCUCAUCUUCGUGACACCUUGAGUGAGUGGUGGAUACACGGGCCCAAGGCGAUUGAUUCCAACACGAACCAAGCUUCGCCCUCGACGUGCGUGGCACAACCUGUCGUUUGGAUGCUGACGAAAUUUCAUGGAACACUGUCGUCGAGAACGGGGUUUUGGGAACGAACGCGUAUCACGUAGGGACAUUGGGCCUGACACCCUCGCUGAUAGUCACCGCGUUUGCUAUCAAGCAUUUCUUCCUAUUUACGCCUGACUGUGAUAGUGACUGAUGGACAAGCGCGGCCUAGUUUCUUGUCUCUGGCCUCUGCGGGCGUGUGUGUUUCUUACCCGGAUGUUUCUUUUGUUUGCGUCCGUUUUAAGGUGUGUUUCUUCGUCACUCUUCCUGGAGGUUCAUGAAUAGCUGAGUAGAGAAUUGGCCGCAGAACGCUUGUGAUAUGCGGCCAGGGGUCGAUUGAUCAGUUCUAUUGGCAUACAGCCUGAUGUUGUUAUCUCUAGCUUGCAACGUAUUAAUAUUGUUCGUACUCGUGGCAUUCUGUCGCUACGCAUGAUCUGAGUGCCGGGUAUGUCUUGUAACCAUUGAGGACUUUUGUUUGGCUAACAAUGGCGUUUCUGGAAGGCCCUUUCCCCUUCCAGCAAAUGCUCUCUGUGCGUACUGCCGGUUCCGGGUGCACAUUUCAUUCUCUGCACGAGUUACUUAUUGUGCAGAAUUUUUCCCACCAUUAUUUGGGGUUUCUCUCUAGAGUUGGGCGAUCUCCGGUUGCUUCGAGGUAGAUUGCUCUAUUAGACGUUCGAGCGCGGUAGGUAGAAACGCGACCGUUCGCCCUUUGUGCAAGUUUGAUGCGAAAGGUAUUUAUUGGCAGUUGUAUGGGUUUCCUCGUUUCUUCGGCGGUAUUCUCUGCAGCCAAGUGCAUUGUUCCUGCGAUAUCGCAACCUCCUUGGUCGAUGCUAGAGGCCCAAGCAGCGGAGCAGGCAUCGCAUCGCCCGUCGGUAGAAGAAUGGUGUGGCGUCCUAAGGCAUGCGGGAGCAUGAACCCGAACGCC